GUUCCAGUUAAAUCCCAUGUGAUCUGCAACGAGUCCUCAAUGACAGUAUCGGUUGAGAAAGCCUCAUUCCCUCGACUCCAUGAGGAUCAUAUGCAGCUCAAUGAUCCCUCCAACACGGCCUGCAGCCUCCAGAGACACUCCAACAGCACUCACAUCAUCGCCAUCAUCCCCCUCAACGCCUGCGGCACUCAGAUCGAGGAAGACGAGGAGAACCUCAUCUUCAAGAACGAAAUCACCACGGUGGACAACCCCGGAGACCUGAUCACCAGAAAGCACCAGCUGGAGGUGCAGUUCUACUGCCAGUACCCAAAACAAGGAAAAGUGUCAAUGAGCUUCGUGGCACACAGGAAGAACAUCACUGUGUGGGAGAAGGGCUUCGGCACGUUCACCUACCAGUUUGAGUUCUACCCUAACAACCAGUUCCAAACCAUGAUUGAUCCAGCAGCAUAUCCUCUAGAGUACGACAUUGGGAACAGGAUUUACAUGAAGAUCAAGGCCACCUCCUCGGUCAACAACACACAGCUGUUUUUGGAGUCCUGCCGCGCUGCACCAUACGACAACCCCAACUACCGCCCAACCUACUCCAUCUUUGAAAAUGGGUGUCAAAUGGAUCCAACUCUUCAGAUCCACUCCCCCGCUGCCCAGAAAGAAUUCAAGUUCAGCAUGGAGGCCUUCAAGUUCAUCGGACUGCACAAUCAGGUGUACAUCAGCUGCUCGGUCAUGAUGUGUGAAGCAGGGAACUCCAACACCAGGUGUUCCAAAGGUUGCAUCAACUCUACGUCGACAAGCCCCCCACGUUCCAAGAGAGAGGCUGUCAUCCAGAGUGCCAGUCACUUCGUUUCCCAGGGGCCAUUGCGCUUACGGAGAUCGGCAGAGAGCGUCAGAGCCACAGCGACCAACCUGAAUCUGAACCUGGUGUUCAUCGCUGGAUGUGUUCUGGCAGCCGUCGGCAUGGUCUGCGGAGUGGUCAUGUACAGAGCCAAAGUGUCAAAGGUCAAAUACCAGCCUUUGCCAACAUUUGAGAGUUAAAUCAGCAGCGUGUGGGAAAUACCUGUUUUAUAUUGAUCACUUCAGACUGUACCAAGUCUUCUUUCAUGGUUUUUGGUGGGGGUUUAUGUCUCUAAUCAGGUGCAAAUGUGAGCAGACAGAUUUCAUAUAAACAUCCUUGUGAAUAUCUGCAGCUUUUUGUAAGGUUUAACUUUUAUAUUGAACAAAUCUGAAAGGUGUGUGGUGUUUACAGGUGGGAUCUGAUUUGGUUUUAUAACUGUUCCAUUUGUGAUGUGUUACAAUAUGAUUUAAACAAGUAUUCUGAUUGAAAUGUGUGUUUCCACUUUCCAACACACACAUUUCUUAUGUGUCUGAUUACAUAUGAGGUAUAUAUACUGUAUCUCUGUUUCACACACUGAAGUGUGUGUCAAUGCAAAGUCAUUCAGGGAAGUGUCAGAUGGUUGAGUGUGGUUGAUGUCGCUCUGAGUUGUAUAUGUACAUUAAAUAUCAAGUUGCAAACAUG